CAACGUGAGCCCAGCCGGAUGUAAACGUAUCCAGUAUAAGUUUCAGAUUUGGUUACGUCUGGCCAGAAGCCCAACGCAACGAGACGAGAAAAAAAAAAAAAAAUGGUGCACAAAUUACUCGGCAGCAAGUUGGGAACAUUUUAAGCGCUGAAGUUGCUUUGCCCCUCGGCAGCCCGAAUGAAUGGAAACACUGGUUCUCUUCAGAUGGAUGAAGGGUCACGGCGAAAGUGUCCAACUUGAACCACCUCUCCGCCCCAUCUCCGCUUUCUUGACGUCUGCAAAUCGGAGAGGACUGGUGGGCGUGAGCUUUACGACGUCUCUGCGCGAGGGCGCAUGCGAACUGAGGCCCAAACGGGGAAAGCCUCACAGAUCUAAGCCAGCUGCUUUGAUAAAACCACCGUACAGGAAGCAAGCGAGAAAAAAGGGGGGACAGGCUAGGGAGGAUACCAUCCACCCCCAAACCAGCAAAUCUUUAAAUAGAAGGCCGGCAUGUGAAGACUGCAGAUGUGACGAUAUUUUCCAGCCCGCUGCGGAGUCCUUCUGCAAGUGAAUCUCACAAGUCAAAAGGGCACUCGUGGCCCUUGCAACCGGGCCAAUCAAGCACAGGCGCCGACCCCUCCGAGGUCUUUGCAAACCGGUUGCUGCGAAGGCGGAGGAGGGAAGUCAGUGGGAGGCCACCGUGGGGGCUCCUCCAGAAGGACUUGAAACAGUCGCCGACCGGGGAGAGGAGGAGGAGGAGGAGGAGAUGGCCACCGGAGAGAUCACCACGCUUCCAUCCACGCACGAAGACGGCGGCGGCGGCUUCCCACCCGGAACCUUCAAGGAGCCCAAAAGGCUGUACUGUAAAAACGGGGGCUUCUUCUUGCGGAUCAAGUCGGACGGGGGAGUGGACGGAAUCCGGGAGAAGAGCGAUCCUCACAUAACACUUCAGCUGCAGGCCACCUCCGUCGGCGAGGUGGUCAUCAAGGGGGUCUGCGCCAACCGCUAUCUGGCCAUGAACAGAGACGGGCGACUCUUUGGAGCGAGACGAGCGACCGAGGAGUGUCACUUUCUGGAGCGUCUGGAGAGCAACAACUACAACACGUACCGCUCCAGGAAGUACCCCACCAUGUACGUGGCACUGAAGCGGACCGGCCAGUACAAGUCCGGAAGCAAAACCGGACCAGGUCAGAAGGCCAUCCUCUUCCUCCCAAUGUCCGCCAAGAGCUAAACCUGGAAGG